UCUUUCGAAAGGCUUAUUCAAUGUUUCUCGCUCACUGGAAAAUAAGACAUUCCGACCUCAGUUUAGUCAGAUAUGAGUUUCAAUUUUGGAAUCGCACGAUACACGUGACAUUGUCUUCACAAUCGCGACUCUACCGAAAAAUGCACACCUCGCUAGAAUCUAAUUAUCUCACUUGGGAGAAGUUUCAAGCAACCACCAUUGAUCAUCGAGCCUAAAAUGUCAAUAGCUUCAUCCGAGUAUCGAAUUGUAUCGAACGAGCUGGACUGUCAAUUUGCUCGUUCAGCGUAUCAGUGAUGUGUGACUGCACGUGUGACUUCGCUUGGUAUCUGGGGAAGUUCAUCGUCGGGUUCACCGGGAUGCUGUUUCUUUACGUGGGCUUCCUGAGAGAAAAUAAGAAAAGUUGUGUAUGCGGGCCGAGAAUGAGAGAAUUACUGAGGCAGAAAAGCGAAAAACGACCAGACAGAUGUGAGUGCGGGAAAGGGAGGGAAAACAAACGUUAUCCAUGCGGAUGUAAUAAGCCGACGCAACCGUGA